GCACGAACUCAACGUUCAGAGGCGGCAGCGGCGCCCCAUCACAACACCUUUGCUGUUGGAUAAUUGGUGCUCUGCAUUGGCAACGCGCCGACGCUUUUUUCUCCCUUCACUUACCAUUAACCUUUUUUUUUGCACCUUUUGGAUAAUUCACACCUUAAUGAGGCGUCCGGUUCCUGGGCGACGGCUGCUGAGCCGCAUCUGCGCUAGGAAUUCUUCGCCGUUCAUCUUGAGCAUCGGAGGCGGACCACCCGGCAGCACAGUACCUACUAGUACCCACUCCACCACACUGUCGAACAGCACCCUGCCUACCUUCACGGAGAACAUCUACGAGAUGACCGACUUUGAGAAGGACUUUAUUAUUCGCUGUUACGAGGACUUGUGCCUCCACGGCGACUCCGAACCGUCGCCGGCGUGCAGCGCGGCACUGCAGAUGCCGACGGGGCCACUGUUGAGCUCCGCGAUGGCGGACAACACACAGACGACAUGGCGACCCUUCUUUGAUUUGGUCAUGCUGCCGGACGGUGCGGUGUGCUUGGGCUGGUUCCGCUGUCAUCCCCUCGACAGCGUGUGGAUACGACACACCAAGGAGUACGUGGCGGACCUCUGGCAGAAGGCGCCGGCCUCGCUCUGGCUGAUGCACCAGGAGCGGCUGAAGGUGCUUGCGUACGCCAAGCUGCAGCACCGCCAGCGGCAUCUACUUGUGUUUAAGUCGGGUGCGGAGGUGAAGACAUCGGAGGUGGCGGAGGCUUUUCAGCUUGCCGUCCGCGCCAUCCACGCAACGUCGCGCCACACUGUGCCGUUGGAGGACACGCUUCUUCAAUUGUGCGCCGGUCACCGCAUGACGUUGAUGGACACGCACAGCUUGUUGGAGCAGGUGGCGGUGCAAAAGGAGACCCUUUCCACGGGAUCUGCUACUGCGCUGCUGCGGAUGUUUGUGACCGCGUAUGCGCUGUGUGGUAGUUCGCAAGAUACAGCGCUGGUUGAAGAAUUGAGGACUGCUGCCAGACGCGUCUGUGAGUUGUCACGUGAUUCGGCUGCUCACAUCCUUCUUACCUGGGCCGCGGCUCUCCUCGGUGGCGGUGCGGCGUCCUCCGCCGUCGUGGCAUCCGCGCCUGAGCCGUGCGAUGAAACAUCGACGGCGCUUCUUGCCGCGCUGCGCAGCUCCAUCAGCCCCUCCGCCGCACAUCGGAAUGCGGUUCUGUGCGACCAGGUGGAGGAGUGCAUCUCCCCUUUGUACAACACAUUAGUGGCAGAGGAGGUGUACAUCCUCGAUGCAUUGGCGUUGGAGAGCAGAGAUCUUGUCAAUUCGAUGGACGUCGCCGCAGCUGCCGCCGCCGCAGCGUCGACCUCCGCUGCUGCGGACGCAUCAUUUUCUGUGAACCUCAAACCCGAAUUGGGUGAACGGCUAGACAGCUCGUAUUUUUCGGCGGUGCUGCAGCGAGGCCGGGGAUGGACAGUCGAGGACAAGAAGGCACUAGUAUCAUCUAUUAAGCGACAAGAUGUUUGUGUUACUCCCUUGGCCUGGGUGUCGGGUACAGGCGUGGAUGUGAGGGGCUGCUGGUGUGUUGCCUUCACGCAUAGCACACUGCUUUCCGCGCAGCUGCAGCUGCAGCGGCGUUACUGCAGCGACGGCACGGUCGCCGCUUGUGCAAAGACGAUGGCUGAUGCCCAUCAUGUGCUGUGGGUAUCACUGAUACGUCGAUGCUCCUACAUUACGACAGCAGCAAACAUAUGGAGCCAGUAUUCAAUUUUGACCCACCUGGCCUCGACAGCGGUGCAGCCCCCGGUGAGUGUGACUUUGCUGCAUCUAACAAAUACCAAUGCUGACGAUGAAGUGGUAGGCAACUCCGCUGACAGUGCGCCACUGCUGCUGGGACUGUUGUUUCUCUUUCCAAACUUGGAGCUGCGCAGCUUCUACGGUGGGACAGCAUCGCAGUUCUGCACCGCCUUGUCAGCAGGUACGCGCUCGUUUCCUUGUCACCUGGAAAUGACUGUAGGCUCCUCCUCAGCUCCAGAUGCGCGUGUGGAGACGGUGCACGUGCCGGAGAAGUUGUCUAGCACUCUGCUAGAGCAGCUGGAAGGUCGAAGCGCGGCGGUGGUGUGCUUCGUGCAGUCCGGGCUUGCCGUGAAGGAUGUGUUUGAAUUAGAGAAGCUGAGCGCCCAUCUUCGACACAUCGUACUGGACUAG